AAAUGUCGCAGACAAUUCUCAAAAAUAUAGUUGAAGAAAUUAGUAAAUUAUUAGAUGAAGAAUCCAUGAAAGGAACUCGCCCUAAAACUAUUUAUGAUAUGAUGAAUAAAAUUAUUAUAAUGAAACAACAAAAACCAAAUAAUUUUAUCUGGUUGCUCCUCAUUGUUCCAACUUUAAAUCAUAAAAUUUAA